AUGGGACUGGCGUGGUCGCGCCAGGGGGACGCCAGCCGCGCGGCGGCGCGCGAGCACACGAAGCGGUGCAGGGAGCGGCUCCGGCUCAUGAGGGAGGCCGUGCGGCUGCGCCGCCAGCUCGCCGCCUCGCACGCCGGGUACCUCAAGUCGCUCGCCCUCGUGGCCUCCACCCUCACCCGCUUCGCGGUCGGCGAGCCGCUCCCCGUGUCCGACCACACCCCGCCCGCCGUGCUCGUGCACCGCCCCGUCGUGGUGCCCUCCACGCCGCCGCCGCUCCUCCGCUCCAUCGAGCAACAGCAGCAGCAGCGCGAGCGGCAGGAGCAGGACGGUGUCGUUGCCGCCGAGGCGCCGGUUGAAACCGCUCGCCGGGAUAAUCAAGGCGGAGAGGAGCUGCGGACGGCGGUGAGGCACCGGAGCCUCGCGGAGGUGGCGGCGGGGUUGGAGGAGUACUUCGUCAAGGUUAGCGUCGCCGGCGACGCGGUGUCAAGCCUGCUCGAGGCCAGCAACGCCGGGUACCAUGGUGGAUCCACCAGCUUCUUGGGCGCGCUCUGCUGCCUGUCGGCGCCGUCGGUUUCGCACGACCGCAUCGACAGCAUGCACGGCGGCCGGCGGCAUAGCUCCACCUUGCAGCAGCUCAUGGCGUGGGAGAAGAAGCUGUACCGGGAGGUCAAGGAGCGGGAGCGGCUGCAGCUCCGCCACGACAAGAAGCUUACGCAGCUGCGGGACCAGGAGUACAGCAGGAAGAUCAACGUGGACAUCCAGAAGCUCAAGGCCUCGUGGGACAGGGCGCGCGCGCAGCUCGACACCGCCUCCCAGGCCGUGGACGCGAGCUCCACCGCCAUCUCCGGGCUCCGGGACACCCACCUCGCGCGCCAGGUGCUCGGGCUCUGCCACGCCACGCGCGACAUGUGGAAGGCGAUACGGCAGCACCACGAGGCGCAGUGCCUGAUCGCGCAGCAGCUGCGCGGGCUUAGCAGCCGGACGUCCAUGGAUCCGACCACGGAGAUCCACCACGAGGCCACGCGCGCGCUCGAGGCCGCCAUGUCGGCCUGGUGCGCGGCCCUGGGCCACGUCGCCAAGCACCAGCGCGAGUACGUCCACGCCCUGCACGGCUGGCUCAAGCUCACGCUGGCGCCGAUCAACGGCGCCCAGCAGGCACCAUCCUCCCCCGUUGCAGCGGAGUUCGCGGAAUUCGUCGAUCGGUGGGGGAAGGUGCUCGACCGCGUGCACUGCGCCGAGGUGCUCAAGUCGAUCAAGAACUUCGCCGGCUCCACCCACGCGCUCUACGCGCACCAGAGCGACGAGCUCCGGGUGGCGCGCCGGGUCCGGCGGUACUCCCGCGAGCUCGACCGCAAGUCCCGGAUGCUGCGGCAGGUUGAGAGCAGCUACUACGACUCGUACGUGCCGGCGGGGUUCUCCAUGUGGAACCGCGGCGGGAGACACUGGAGGGACCACGACAGGAUGCAGGUGCACGACGCGCGCAACGAGGUGGCGCGCCGCAAGGAGGAGAUCGCCGUGUGCCGGAGGAUGCUGGAGGACGAGAUGAGGAGGCACGCCAAGGCUAUCGACGGGACAAGGGCUGCGGCGGUGACCGGCGUCCAAGGGACGCUACCUGCGGUCUUCCAGGCCAUGGCUGCGUUCUCGGCGUCGCAUGCCAACGCGCUCGAGGCUGUGUGCAGGCACGGCAGUAACCACCAGUAACAAUGUAGCAUACACGUAAAUUCUUGCUUCCUUUUUUUUUGACGUGAAUUCUUGCUUCCUUUUUUACAUGUACAAUGAGUAGUGGUAGAAUUUUGGAAUUUGAAAGAAAUGAGACAUGAAACCUUUCGUUUUUUUUGCGAAAAAAUGAGACAUGAAAUGAAUGCUACUGAAGUGAGUACUUGACAUGGCAUAUGACUAUGGCAAGGCCGCACCAAUUUAUUUGGGCUG